AUUGUCCCGUGUCCAUUUGUUAAGGUUGCGUGUUAAAGAAACAAACCGUUUCCAAAUCAGCACCUUAACAGACCUCUUUAUCCGUCUCGGAGAGUGGCACAGCCGAGGCGUAACAUUUUGAAAGGUUGUGUUCAGCAGAUAUACGCAGAGAGCGAGGGAGAGUUUGGGAGAUAGAGGAUCAAAUCACGGUUUCCAAAGUGGGAAAUAAAACAAGUGAAAAGUUUUGUUCUUCGAAGCAACGGUUGGAGUACACUGUGACCAGGAAGAAACCAUUCAGCUCCGACCUCCGAUGCAAAGGCUCCAUGGCAUAAAACCCGUCCUCAGAUUCAGCUGGACCCUGGGGAGAGCUGCUGAGGAGCUCACUACUCUGACGCCCCGCUGCCAUUUUCCACAGCCUGAGGGGAACCAGGAAACAGGCGGCAGGAGCCAUGCCUGCCCUGGCCACCGGAGCCGGCCACGAGCCAGGUCUGUAUGAGCUACUGGCGGCUCUGCCCUCCCAGCUGCAGCCCCAUGUCAGCCGCCCUGAGGACAACACCUUCCUCCAGGACAUGUUUGGGGAGAGGAGCCUCCACUCACUGGUCAAGAUCCACGAACGGCUGCAGCACUAUGAAGAGAGCAAACCCGUCCCCGUGUUGGACAACACAGCAGCUCUGGCGCAUGAAUUGUCUGAGGAGCUACAAGGGAAAUCAGCCAACGGAGAAAUCAAAGAACUUCUCAAAAUACUGGCCAAAGCCCACGUGAAGAGCCUCCUGUCGGUCCACGACACAGUUGCCCAGAAGAAUUAUGACCCUGAACUACCUCCACUGCCAGAAGACAUUGACGACGACGAGGAUUCAGUGAAGAUCAUAAGACUGGUUAAAAACAAGGAGCCUCUUGGAGCAACAAUAAGGCGUGACGAACACACAGGAGCCAUCCUUGUGGCCCGGAUCAUGAGAGGAGGGGCAGCGGACAGAAGCGGACUGAUUCAUGUUGGGGAUGAACUGAAAGAGGUUAAUGGAAUCCCUGUGGAUGACAAGAAACCAGAGGAAAUCAUUCGUAUUCUGGCUCAGUCACAAGGGGCCAUUACCUUUAAAGUUGUUCCCGGCAUCAAGGAGGAGGCGGCAACCAAGGAGCCAAAGGUGUUUGUGAGGGCACUCUUUGACUACGAUCCAAAAGACGACAAAGCCAUCCCGUGUAAGGAGGCUGGACUGGCCUUCAAGAAGGGCUCCAUUCUUCAGAUCAUGAGCCAAGAUGAUGCAACCUGGUGGCAAGCCAAACAUGAGGGGGAAGCCAAUCCCCGUGCCGGCCUAAUCCCGUCCAAACAGUUCCAGGAGAGGAGAUUCGCACUGCGACGACCUGUUGCAACUCUCCCAAUCCAGAGGGCAUCUAGCCGACGAUCAUCUGGGUUCAGGAGAAGCUUCCGUCUCAGCAGGAGAGACAAGAAGACCAACAAGUCCAUGUACGAGUGUAAGAAGAGCGAAAUGUAUGAUAUGGCUGACGUGCCCACGUACGAGGAGGUCACCAUGUACCGCAGGCAGAGUGGAGCUAAACACAGGCUGGUGAUCCUAGUGGGACCCACUGGAGUUGGUCUGAAUGAGCUUAAGAGGAAACUGUUGAUCUCUGACCCCCAACACUUCAGCGUCACCAUCCCACACACCAGUCGGGCCAAGAGGAGCCAGGAGAGCGACGGCGUGGAGUACCACUUCAUCUCCAAACAUCUCUUUGAGACGGAUAUCCACAACAACAAAUUCAUCGAGUAUGGCGAGUACAAAGGGAAUUACUACGGGACAAGUCUAGACUCAAUACGCUCUGUCCUCUCCAAGAACAAAGUGUGCCUAUUGGAUGUCCAGCCUCAUACGCUAAAGCACCUGCGGACGGCAGAGUUUAAACCCUUCGUAGUGUUUGUGAAGCCUCCAGCAAUCGAGAGACUGAGGGAGACCAGAAGGGGCGCCAAAGUCAUAUCAGGCAAGGACGACAAGGGAUCCGCUAAGCCAUUCACGGAGGAGGACUUUCAGGAGAUGGAGAGAACUGCCCAGAUGAUGGAGACUCAAUAUAGUCAUCUGUUUGAGAGGGUCAUAGUUAACGAUGACCUUGCCGCGACCUUCAGCGAGCUGCGGUUGGCUCUAAAGAAAGUAGAGACGGAGACUCAGUGGGUUCCCAUCAGCUGGACUCACUCCUGAGACCCACACAGACUGUAAAAGGAGAAAAGGGAAGGGCUUCGACGAAAUAUGCAGGUUUUUAUCUUUCUAUGUCUGCUGUGACUGGUGUCGGGGGGAUGACGGGAAUAUAACAAAGCUGCGCCAGACUGCCAUGUCACCAUACCUGAGCUGCACAAAGCUAAAAAUGUGCUUUUGCCUGGAGUCAGGUUGAAUUUAGACCUCAGCUGCCAUCUGGAUAUGGAUUUCCAGGUCUGACCAGAUCUGACACUACUCUGCGUUGAGGCUAAGGGCAUCUGUCCAGGAUAUGGCCCUUGGACAUUGAUCUAGGUCUUAUUCUGUGUCAUAAGUUGGAGCUCUUUGGUCCAAACCAGAAUGUGGAACGAGCCUGGACCAUCACAGCAGCAGCAGCCCUGCCAGCACAUCAGCAACCCCGCCAACCAGAACUCUCUCUUUAGUGUGUUUAUAACAUUAGACCAUUAGAAACCAAAGGGAUUUACAUAUUUCUUCUUGGUGGACAACUUACAUGCACAUGUCUAUAAAAGAACACAACCUCUAAGGAGAAAAGGGGGGGAAAGAAAACAUAUUUGCCUUCUGUCUUACUGUAUUUCUGUGCUUCUAAAUUGCUUCCAUGACUGUUACUCCAACAUCCAAACAAAACAUUGUCAGGUACACUCUCAAGAAAGGGCAAUAAGUAUAAUUUUAUUUAAAAGAAAUUAAUAUAUUUUCUAAUAUCUUCCAGUUGGUUUUUUUGCAUACCUUUUAUAUACAUAUCUUAACUUUCAGAGCAACCUGAUCUCAACUGUAGCCACCUCUGACAGAUUUUUCCACUAGAUGCGUUUCUUUUUGCAGUCAAGUGUUUUGAUUUCAUCAUCCUAGUCUAGUUUUCCCCCUACAAAGCACAUAGAGAGCCAUUUUAUUUAGGUGUUAUAUAUUCCAUUUAGGAGCAUUUUGAAAAGCCACCCUUCAUAUGAAGGUGCCCAGCAUAACAGCUUUGCCAUUUAAAGUCCCAGAACUAGACACUUUUGGCUGUCCGCUAGAAGAAAAUGUUCACAAUUGUGUUUUAUUAGGGUGGAGUCUUUAUUUUUAUUCACAUAAAAAUGGCUUCAGCUAGGCUGCUAAUAUAGAGGGUCCAUACCACACUUCCAGGAUUUAAAGUCAAGAGAAAAUGCUAAGUAGUUGCUCCUGACUUUAUGAGCAUCAUGACUUUAUUGCUAAGUGUCUCCAGUUCCUGGUCUAACUUGCUCAUUUUUUACUCAGUACUUUUUUUUCUAUGAUAGCGAUAUUUAUAGCGAUAUAUUAAUUUUCAAAGCAGCUAGUCAUUAAUCAUGAUUAUCAUUAACAUUAUUGCAACUCUUGUGAAUCAUUGGUUUUCUGCUGCUAAUGUAGUGAAUCAGAUUUAGAAAAGAAGAUCGAUACCAUCCUCUAUCUAUAUGUUAAUUAUGGAGCUGGCGCAGGGAGGAGAUUCGCUUUGCUCAGCUUAGCAUACAGUUGACUGGAAGCAGUGGGAGACAACUAGCCUGGCUCUGUCCAAAGUUCACAAAUACGUCUACCAGAACAUGUAAAGUAGCGGUUUUAUGAACAUGUCAUUUUUACAUUUCUGUUGGAUUAAAUAAAAAUAUGAUGUGUUAAUUAAUGAACUUAAGAGGUGCAUGUAGGUGUGUGAACUUUGGAGAGAGCCAGACUAGGUGUUUGUCCCAGUUUCCAGUCUUUCUACUAAGCUAAGCUAAUCAUCCCCUGGCUCUAGCUUCAGGCUUAAAGGGGAACUGCGCCGAUUUUACACAUCAAAAUCCGUUUAUGGUUGGGAAUACUGCCUAUAUGAAAUAAGUUGUAUGAAGCCUUUUGUGGCUCCAGAAAGAAGUUGCCUCAAGUGAUGUCACUUGAGUCAGCAUUGCUUGGGGCUGAAGAGUUUGAAAAUGAAAAAAUCUGGGGGUGUGAACAUUAGCCACCACUAGUAUAAGACACCCAAAGCUUUUGACUGUUGGAGGUCAAGUUGCAUUUUGGGCAAUGUAGGCAUCAGGUUUUGUCAAGGAAGAGGAAUAUGUGGAAUAAAAAUGGAUUUAAAAUGCAUUAAAUGCAUGGAUUUUGAUGGAAGCAAAAUCCGGCUAGCUAGUUUCCCCUUGUUUCCAGUCUUGGCUAAGCCAAGCUAACCGACUGCUGGUGGUAGCUUUAUAUUUACUGUACAGAUAUUAAAGUGGUAUCAAUCUUCUCAUCAAACUCUUAACAAGAUAGCAAAUAAGCAUAUUUCCAAAAAUGUUAAUUAUUCUUUUAACUAUGCUACUAAACAAUUGGUCACCAUACAAAUCAUCAACUGAAUGAAUGUAGUCAUUCUCUCAUAAAUUAGCUAUAUGUCCAGCUCAGGUUGCAUUGCCCAAAAACUCUUCCUGUGCAUUUAUUUUACCUUUCCAUUUGCAAAAGGGGAUUUGAGGCUUUAUGCUGUUCAGUAAUGAUAACUCACUUGUUAAAGACACAUACUGUAAUCUCACCCCUAUACUUUGCCCUAGAUUUUUAUUCAUUUUAGUACCACAUUAUGUUCCCCUUUUAUAUAUUACUUUAUUUGUUCUGCUCUUCAUAUCUUAUGCCUCUGCCAUGUCUUUUAUUGAUGAAACUCAGAUUUGUACAGUCGCCAGAGAAUAUUUUUAAUUUCUUGCUGUAAAUGAAACGCUGUUUAUUAGGCAAGUUGUAUGAAUUUACAUAUUCUUGAUAACUGCUACAUUUUAUAUUAAAGAAAAUACAACUAAACUUGUA